GCUGACGGUAAGAGCAGACCCAGAAGAUACUAGGGACAGGUGCCGCGCGCCGCGGAAACUCGGGGCUCGCCCUCCUUGGAAUACCGUCCCAUCCUGGGGGAUGGCGACCUCCCCCGUACCGGAAUCGCCCAGCAGUUCCUCGGCUGGCCCCAAUCUCAACAACAACAACAACAACAACAACCAGCAGCAACAACAGGAGCAGCAGCCACCGCCGGGCGUGCGCAAGUGCGGCUACCUUCGCAAGCAGAAGCAUGGCCACAAACGUUUCUUCGUGCUUCGCGCCCCCGGUGGCGGGGCGACAGCGGGGGAGGAGGCGUCGCCGCAGCAGCCCGCCCGACUGGAGUACUACGAGAGUGAGAAGAAGUGGCGGAGUAAGUCCACGGCUCCCAAGCGGACCAUUGCCCUCGACGCCUGCCUCAAUAUCCACAAGCGAGCCGACGCCAAGCACAAGCACCUCAUCGCCCUCUACACGCGCGACGAGUACUUCGCCUUGGCGGCUGAAAGCGAGCCAGAGCAGGAAGCCUGGUACCAAGCGAUCACGGAGCUGCUCCAUGAGAGCCAGGCCGCGGCACAGGGCUCUCCUCGGCAUCCGUCCCACUUGGCCUCCUGUGAGGACUUCAGCUACGGGCAACUGGGCUGCAGGCCGUCUGCGUCCGCCGCCUACCGCGAGGUGUGGCAGGUGACGCUGAAGCCGAAGGGACUUGGCCAGAGCCGCAACCUCACGGGCGUGCACCGCCUGUGCCUGGCGGCGCGCACAGUCGGACUGGUGCGGCUCAACUGCGAUCGGCCUUGCGUGACGCUGCAGCUUAUGAACAUCCGCCGAUGCGGGCACUCGGACAGCUUUUUCUUCAUGGAGCUCGGGCGCUCGGCCUCGACAGGGCCCGGCGAGCUCUGGAUGCAAGCCGACGACUCGGUGGUGGCGCAGAACAUCCACGAGACCAUCCUGGAGGCCAUGAAGGCGCUGCGGGAGCUCGUAGAGUUCCGUCCGCGGAGCAAGAGCCAGUCUUCGUCCUCCUCGUCCGGAGGCGCCACCACAGUCGCCGUGAAUGCGGGCGGCGGCGGGGUGGGAUUAUCGUCUAUGUGUAGCCGGCCCAUCUCAGUUCCCAGCCGUCGCCAUCACGCCCAUCACCCGCUGGCGCCUCUGCCCCCCAGCCAGACUGGCCUCCUCCGCCGAUCGCGCACUGACAUCUUGACUGUAGCAGGGAGCAGCAGCAGCAGCAGCAGC